AUGACCGAAUCAACCCCAAAAUUAUACACCGGAGAACAGCUGGACGAAGCAGCUGGAUUUCCAACUCUUUAUAACUACCUCCCAGCUGAUCCCAAUAAACCCUUGGUUGUAUUCAUCCCCGGCGGUGGACACAAUGCUCGAGUCGCCUAUGGUGGACACGAAGGUUACCAAGAAAAGGACUUUUUUGCUACUGCACCUAAUUUUCGCAUCAGUGACUGGGGAAAGCAAGCCGCUGAGGUCAGGCACAAGAUCAUUGAGAAACAUAGUCUGUCCAAGCAGGUUGUGCUUGUCGGAUGGAGCAUGGGUGGUAGAAUUGUAAUUCCAUACAGUGCUCAUGCACAUUCGCUGGGGAUUGAGGUGGCCCUGUUCGUGUCUCUUGCAGCUACUCCCGGCAUUCAUGGUUCACGGCCACCACCGCUAGGAGUAACCAAUACAGCAGCUGGGUACUUAACUGCGACAGGUAUAUACAAGAUGUUCGCUCGGCAAGUCCAAAAUCAAAAUGAGCAAUGGAAUAAUGGGAAAACCAUCGUCCCCGAAGACGUCUAUCUCCGAAAAUAUACUGGAUCUACACCGGUGAGCCUGACGGGAUCAAAUUACCGCUAUGACACCGAAAGUCGGCAAUUCCUCAAAGAUUAUUGGACAUCAACCGAAGACGCAAUUGUACAUCAGGCUGAGUAUUGUCCCAUGAUUGCCACUUUGGGGGGUACCAGUCCGCUAGAUGCUCGUCACGUUAUAACUGACCAGGCAACCUGGAGUUUUUUGCUCACACGAAAAUUGAUGCACGAGAUAGAGAGAUAUGAUAUGGCUAAGAUUGUCGAGAAGGGGAAUUGGAAUAAGUUGAUUGAUAUGGUGCAUUCAUUGCCGAGCCAGAUUUCGUAUAUGAUCCCGGGGAAUCAUUUCUUCUUCAUGGGGGAGCCUGGAGCACGCAAAACUGCGGAGGUUAUAGUCGAGCACCUAGAGAAGGCGAAUAAGUUCAAACGGGAGUUUGAGGCCCUACUCAGCUGA